UCGCCGGCUACUAUCGCAUAAUUGUCCAUCAGACCUUUCAACGCACGUUCCAAAACCUGCCAUCGAAUGUGAGCACCGCCAGCAACGACAUAAUCAUGGACGCAGCCAGUCGAAUUACCUCUCUGGCUGAAGACGCAGUCACUUAUCAUCAAGGAAGCCACUUCCCCAUGAUCUGUGUAUCAGCCAUAUUUGCAGCGAUGACCGCGCAAUUCACACACGCAAACACCAUGAACGAAUCUACUACCUGCAGGAAUGCGCUGCUGAGCUCCAUCAAGUACAAGCUACUCGCCUUGAAGGACUUUGAAGAGUGCCAUGUGCUGGCAAGCUGGAUCCGCCAGUUGUUCUUCGACAUGUUUGACCAACAACGUCGGCAGGAGACUGACCAUAGUCCAGAGGCUCCAGGGGAAGACUCUAACACUCCAAAUCCACAGGCGCAUGAUACGGUUGAGGACAGUUCGAUGGGUCUAGAUAUUGAUAGCAUUAUUGCGGAUAUACCGCGCCAGGCCCCGUGGGAAUUGCCCUACACGAUGUCCAAUGACAAUACUCUCUGGCACAAUUGGCUAUUGGGAUAUCAAGACGGGGGAUAAUUUCGCAAUGUUAUCGUGCCACUCUUGCCACUCU